AUGAAUAACGACGAUGAUGAUGAUAAUUAUCCGGGCAAACUUCUUCAUCAAGCCGCACUUUAUUUAAAUGUUGAUCUUCUUCAAGAUCUUCUCGUCGGUGAUGAAAUCAAUAAUAUCGAUGCCAUAGAUCGUUUCGGUUGUACGCCAUUACAUACAGCAUGUAUAUCGGCUGCACAAGCAACUCUUCAAAAUGAUAAUAGAGUUCUUGAUUCGUCGUUAGAAUUUAUAAUGGUUCUCAUUGAUCAUGGUGCUGAUCUAAAUGUACAGACGGGCGAACGUUACGAUUAUAAAGUAAGCAUAAAUCUAUCGUGA